GCAGUGGGAGUAAACUUUGUUUCAUCAUUUCUGAAAACCAAGACUAGGAACAGAAAAGUCAAAUGCUCAGUCUCACAGCUGCUUCUUAUGACUGGAGUCUUUCUGGAAAGGAGAAGACAACAUGGGAUCUACUUCCUCCACACCUAAAUCCAGAAUCAGCACAUUCUCCACGCCAGCCCCAGUGACCAGCUCUACACCCUAUUUCUUCAACCCCAAAAAGGAACACGUCAUCUUGGCCUUUUUUGCCGGGGUUCUGCUGACACUGCUCAUUGUGGCCCUUAUCUUCCUUGUUGUCAAGAGCUGCAGAAAAUGUUACUCCAGUGCCCAGACCCAGGACCCUCCCUCAGAGCCUCCCACUAAACUGUCAUCUAUAUCAAAGGAGUCACUCACGUAUGCCAGCAUGACUUUCAAGCCCUCAGAAGAAAACAGCAAUGGCUUGACUAGAAACUACUCCUCCGGCUUGGAGCCCACUGUUUAUUCUCAGAUUAAAGUGACAGACCCAGAUCUGCCUCUCCCAUGAGGCAGAAUAUAGGACCUCAGCUCAGCUCCUUCGACAAGUUGCUUUCUGGUUUUGUUUCAUAUGUUUGCUUUUGUUGUUUUCCACAAAUCUGGAACGGGACCACACUCUAUGUAAAGCUGCAGUUGGGGUGGUUUAGGCUUGAUCUAAUGCAAUUGUCAUCAGUCAUAAGAACCAGUGGUUAGUGACAUUCACUACCAGAGGAAAGGUGGCUGGUGCUUUCACUCCAUCUGGCGGUUGCAGCCCCUUGAGUGACGACAUCCCUCAACCUUUCCAAAGGGGGGAUAGAGCUCAAGAUAAAGAAAUGAACUGAUGAUAACCAGGGAGGAGCCAACCCUAAUGAACAGGUGAAGAUUUUCAAAUAAUGGCAGACCCUCCUCCAAGGCUGGUCCCUUCAUAUUCUCCAGAAAUUAAGACCAGAAUUCUAAGCCAACACAAAGUCUGUAUGGUAUAAAACACUACUAAAAUGUGUAUUUCUAUCUCCUUUGUAUGGCAUUCUCUGAGAUAUGUGUGACAAACUUUGUUUGAGAGCCAAAAGUAGAUAUUAAACAUGUUCAUUUAUUCCCC